AUGGAAUCAAGUGACAAUCCGUGGCUAGAUCAUCAACGUGCUAAGGCAAGCUGUCGUUUUAUUAGAAAUAUAGCUUGUGGUAAUGUACCUAGAGGAGUAAGCCCACAACUUAUACCUAUUGAAGGUGAUCCACAUGGUAUACCUUCAGAUUUUCGUGCUUCGUAUCGUGUUCCAUCUACUUCAAGAGACGAAGACCGUACAUUUUAUGCUGAAUUUUAUAUUGAUCUUGAAAUAGAAGAAUAUUCUAAUCCCCCAAUUGAAGAACAUUGUGUUGGAAUAUCUACUACACCGCCAGCGGAAAAAGAUCUGGUCCCAUAUGAAUCACGAUUAAAUACAUUUUAUUAUUGGCCGAAAUAUAUUUCUCAGACAAAAGAAUCCAUGGCUGAGGCUGGAUUUUUUUAUUCGUCUAUAGGAGAUUAUGUAAUUUGUCAUCAUUGUGGAAAUGGAAUUAAAGAUUGGAAAAAUAAUGAAGAUCCAUGGGAAGAACAUGCUAGAUAUUUUCCGGAAUUUACAUGUGUCAAAUGUGCUCCAGCAAUUGAUAAAUUUAUUAUAUGUCGAGUUCAUAUACCUGGUGUCAUUCAACCAAUAAUAUCAUAA